GCUGGGCCGGUGACGUGGCCUGGCAACGUCCGCCGCGGUGCGGCCCUGGGGGAGCCGGCGCUACCGGAACUGCCCGCGGCCUAGCGCCCGCGCCGCGCCGGGGACUGGGAGCCCGAGCCCGGGACGGCCGCGCUGCCAUGGGGGAGUGAAGCGCCUGCGCCCGCUGGUCCGCGGCAGCGCCAGACAUGCGUCCUCCCCGCGGCGGGGACAGCGGCGGCGGCCCCUGAGCCCCGGGAUGGAACAGAAAUACGGCGGGGACGUGCUCGCUGGCCCCGCCGGGGGCGGCGGCGGCGGCGGCGGCCUCGGACCGGUGGACGUGCCCAGCGCUCGGUUAACGAUAUAUAUUGUGUUGCUAUGCCUCACCAAAUUUUUGAAGGCUGUUGGACUUUUUGAAUCAUAUGAUCUCCUAAAAGUAGUUCACAUUGUUCAAUUUAUUUUUAUAUCAAAACUUGGGACUGCAUUUUUUAUGGUUUUGUUUCAAAAGCCAUUUUCUUCUGGGAAGAGUAUUACCAAACGCCAGUGGAUCAAAAUAUUUAAACAUGCAGUUGCUGGGUGUAUCAUUUCUCUCCUGUGGUUUUUUGGCCUUACUCUUUGUGGACCAUUAAGAACUCUGCUGCUUUUUGAACACAGUGAUAUUGUUGUCAUCUCACUACUUAGUGUUUUGUUCACUAGUUCUGGAGGAGGACCAGCCAAGACAAGAGGGGCUACUUUUUUCAUUAUUGCUGUGAUCUGCCUGUUGCUUUUCGACAAUGAUGACCUCAUGGCUAAGAUGGCUGAACACCGUAUCCUUUUCUAA